UGUUUUGGUUAACUUCAGUCCAUGAUGAUGAUCAUUGUGCUUCUUGUUUUCAUACUCAGCCUGGUCUCUCAGGGAUACAGCAACUCCACCUCAUGUAUGGGUCGCUGUGUAGAGAAAUAUGAUGCACAAAACUUAUGCCACUGCAACACCAAAUGCCAGAAGUUCAAUGACUGCUGUACAGACUACAGUCAGCAGUGUACAGUCAUGGCUAACAGCAGCAUUCGAGCCUCUGACUCUGAGAUUGAAGCUUUAUCUGAAGAUUUGUAUGUCCUGGAUGUAAACAAAGCCACUGACGCUGAGCUUGUCAUUGAUCUUCAAGUACAAAUACCUCACAGUGAGACCAGCGCCAAGAAUGAUCUCUCACCGCUCCCUUUGUUCAAGUACGUGAAAGAGGCCUCUCUGUUCUCUAAGCCUACCUUUGCAGCCUUUAUUGCUUUGUUAGAUAACUAUCAGAGCAAGACAGGGGUGUCAGAGCACUUCAGCUCAGAAGAGGUGAUGGAGCAGGAGAACUUCAUCAAAGAGUGCAUGAAGAACACAGAGCUGGGAAGGAAACUUUACGAAUUCUUUCACACUAAAGGAUUUUACAGUUCAUGGGAAGAGUUUCUCUAUGACCUGAAGAUGAUGUGGUUUGGCCUCUAUUCUCGAAGUAAUGGAACUAUGGACUCCAGUGGCUUUGAGCACAUCUUUGCAGGGGAGAUAAAAAGUGGCAAGGUGUCUGGUUUCCAUAACUGGGUGAGGUUUUACUUGCUGGAGAAGGAGGGACUGUUAAAUUAUUACAGUCACAGCUUUGAUGGCCCUUGGGUGUCUUAUCCUGAUGUGCUGGGGAUGCAGUUCAUGUGGGACAGCUACUAUAAACAGAUUGGCUCAACUGUUAUCGGCUGUAGUCCUGAGUUUGACCUGGCAAUCUACACUCUCUGCUACAUCACUCGCCCCGGCAAACAUUGUCAACUGAGUUUGGGGGGAAAGAGACUGACCAUUCAGACCUAUACCUGGGAUAAGACUACUUAUGGAAAUGGCAAGAAAUACAUUGCAACUGCUUACCCCUUCUUACCAUAAUUAUCCACAAUAAUCUGCAUAUGCUGAUUAAAAUGCUAAUCAAAUUACAGUAAUAAAA